AAGGAAGCAAAAAAUGUUUGUCUAUUGUAUAGCAUAAGGAAGAAAAAUCACUAUUAUACGUGGUUGAUGUUUUCUGUGAUCAAUCUAUGUUUGGCGGCGGAGGAAAGUGGUUGCGCUUCUCGGAGCGAUUAAGGUUCCUCACAACAUCAGUCUCCACCAACGCCAGAACCAGUUCCUUUUGCACUACAGCUAAGAACAACACCAACAGCACCGACAACAACAACGUUAACAUUGCUGAUGAAAGGUAUCGGCAGCUACAGAAUCUCGACAUGAUGACUGCCGCUAAGAUCCUCUUCACCGAUCCUCCUCAGAAGAAGAAGUUUGGGUUUGAUUUCCAUCUUGUACAGUUUUUUUUUGCCUGCUUGCCUUCGUUGGCUGUGUAUUUGGUGGCGCAGUAUGCUCGUUAUGAAAUGAGAAAAAUGGAGGUGGAAGUUGAGCAGAAAAGGAAGCAGAAGGAAGAAGAAGAAGCAAAAGAAAAAGAAAAGGAAAUGGAGCUAAACCCUCCUGAGGAAAAGGAAGAAAAAUCUGAUCCCGAGCUUUCAGAGGUGAAAGUGAGACUUGAGAAACUUGAAGAGGCUGUGAAGGAGAUUGUGGUUGAAACAAAGACACAAUCAAGCAACAACCAAGCCAAAAAUCUGGCGACUGAUGAUGAGAAAAAACAACUAAAUUCUUCUGCACCAAAGGACACUAAGACCACCAAUUCUGCACCAAAUGAAGAGAACAAGGGUUCAGUAGCUACUCCAAAUGAGGAGAACAAGGGUUCAGUGACUACUUCAAAUUCUCCUCUUCCGGAUCCCAAAGGCCAGAAUCAAAGUGGUGGGGUUUCUUAAGGUGCUAAGAUCUUAAGAAAAUUUUGAUGUCAAUAUACAUAAUUGAUCAGAAACUGUACGGCUUUUCAUUGAAAUUCUUAAAAAAUGAAUAGUUAUUUGAAGCUUGAAAGCAACUCCUUGUUGGGCUUUAUGUUGCCUGCAAUCAUGUAAGAAUCCAGUAAAUUAAUAGAUCUCUUCUAAGCUACGAUCAUUUUGAAUGUCUUGUGGAGUAAACUUUGGAUGUAUCAUGCAUGGCAUUUCCUUAGGAAGAGGCAGGUUAUUUUUUGACUUUAAAUUAUGGUACUCUUUAUCACAGACAGUGCACUUUG